AUGUCUCAAGAAAACCCGGAUGUGCUUUUCAAGGAGGAGCGGAGCGAGCUCCUCGAGGGGAGCCUGAGUGACCACCUCAGCGAGUUCAAGAAACGGGAGCACGUGUACCUGGCGUGCAUCUCCUCGCUGGAAAAGGAAAUAUGCCAGACGCACACCUACCUUAACGAAUGGAGGAAUAUGCACAUGUACGAAGACGAGGAGGGGAAGGCCCCAAAGGACGACAUGAUGAACAUCAACUCACUUAGGAACCUGCUAAUAGACCCCUCCAUAAAUUUAGAGAUCAAAGAAUUGAGGCAAAAAAUUUACGAAGUAACAAGGAAAUGGAAUCUCGCAGAGGAAAAGCUACAAGGAUUUAAUUUUGACGCACAGGCAACGGCAGGACAAAGACUGAUAAGUAAAUGUAAAAAAUUACAAGAUGAAAAUUAUGAGCUGGGAAAAACCCUAGAAGAAAAUACCCUACAACCUCUAUCGAUACAAAUAAUUAACAUGAAGGAGCAAAUGCUUUUUUAUAAAAAUGAAUUGAAAAUAUUGAAAGAGCUGAAUGCAGAUAUUGAUGAAGACAACGAGUUGUUAAGUCAACAGUUGGGAGAGCUUUCGAAAAAGUAUACGCAGAUCAGUAAGGAGAAAGCUGAGCUGGAGGAAAAAAUUUUCAAACUGAGGAACCACGUCAGUGCUCUGCAGCUGAAGUUGAGAGCUCAAAGUCACCCCCAGAAGGGCGACAGCCUCGGGGACGUGGGUAGGAGCAGUCACGGUGGGAACAGUCGCGGUGCAAGUCCACGCAACGGGAGCCAUCGCAGCAGGAGCAAUCGCAGUAGGAGCCACCGCAGCAGGAGCCACCGCAGUAGGAGCCACCGCAGUAGGAGCCACCGCAGCAGGAGCCACCGCAGCAGGAGCCACCGCAGCAGGAGCCACCGCAGCAGGAGCCAUCGCAGUAGGAGCAGCCAUACCUACGGGAAAUACACCGCGGAGCGCCGCCACGACACGUACUCCUCCCGUAACACCUCCCCGCACAACAACAACCACAUCGGUAGUCACAAAGUUAGCCAAACGAACUACGAGGAUAGUCACCGGGUCGGGGGAAGAUACUCCAAGUAUAGACAAGACGACACGCACAACAACUUCCACGACGAUGAAGAGGAGGAUAUGUGGAGAGAGGGAUACAAAAGAAGUGACUCUCACCUGAGGGAACGAAAAAGCAACCCUGAGGAGGACCCCCGUACGUAUUAUAAUGACGACACUUAUAGGAAGAGGAGUUCCGAUGAGAGCAGGGAAAGGAAGUAUAGGAAACUGGACCGGCACCACCACAGGGAUAGGAAGGCGGACAGGGAAAGGGAAAAAGAGAGGGAGAGGGACAAGGAGAAGGAGAAGGAGAAAGAAAAAGAGAGGGAAAAGGAGAAGGAAAAAGAGAGGGAGAGGGAGAGGGAGAAGGAACGGGAAAAGGAGAAGGAGAAAGAACGGGAAAAGCACAAGCUGAAGGAUAAGGAGAGGAGCCGGAAGGAACGGGGGCGCGAAAGGGACAAGGAUAAGGAGUCGGAAAGGGACAGAGACCGAGAUAAGGAUAGGGACCGAGAUAAGGAUAGAGAACGUGAUAAGGAUAGGGACCGAGAUAAGGAUAGAGACCGAGAUAAGGAUAGAGAACGUGACCGCGAGCGGGACAAGGCCAAAGACAGGACCAAAACGAAAGAACGCGAAAAGGCGAAAAACAAGCACAAAAGCAAAAAUAAGGAAAAAGGGAAGGGGAAGGGAAAGAGAGACGAAAACUACGACAGCAGUAAUUACUCAGAACCGAAGAGAAGAUCUACCAAGGAUCAUGGUGAUGCCCAUCGGGACCAUUCCAGGGCGGACAAGUUCGACCACUCCAAUGCGUCUAAGAAUGGGGAUGCCGAUGAUAAGGCGAGCGAGUUCGACCGCUACGUCUACCUGCACAAGUGA